AUGGCAGAAAGUCAGAGGGGUCUUGUCCUCGCCACCGAGGGACAGAGAGGCAUAACGCUACAUCCGUGGAACCGAGUAGAAACCCUUGAGCAAGUAUCCAAUGGUGGCAUGCCACAGCCCCGAUACUUGCAAUUUACGCUCAAAUAUAUUAAUCGCGGCAACGCUGACCGAAGAUCAAUAUCCCCAAAAUUCAAAUUAACGGCCAUGUCGACGUUUAACACCGACGUUCUCGUUGUUGGUGCCGGCCCUGCAGGGUUGACCGCGGCAGCGCUGCUCGCGCGUCAAGGCACAGCGUCGAUAACCAUCACCAAGUACAGCAGCACGGCGAACGGGCCCCGUGCUCACAUCACCAAUCAACGUACAGUAGAGAUCAUGCGAGACUUGGGCCUGGAGUCGCGAGUUUACCAAGUAGGCGACAAGUCGCAAGAUGUCGGAGAAAUGGUCUGGGUAACGUCGCUCGGCGAUAGAGAACUGUCACGCUGUCAUGCGUGGGGAAGUGGAACAAGCCGCAAAGGUGACUAUGAGGCUUCAAGCCCAUGCGCCACGGUGAACCUUUCGCAGCACUUUUUCGAGCCCAUCAUUCAUCGUGGGGCUCUCGAUCUCGGCGCCGAUAUCCGUUUCAGCUCGGAACUCGUCAAGGUCGAACAGGAUGGCGAAGGCGUGACAGCGACAGUGCUUUAUCGACCUACAGGCCACGAGUACUUGAUCCGUGCUCGCUACCUUCUCGCUGCCGAUGGUGGAAGGUCGACGGUCGCACAGCAAGUGGGUAUCGAACUCGAUGGGCGCUCGAGGCUAGCCUAUGCAAUCAACGUUCACAUCGAAGCCGACCUCACGCACCUUACUUCCCACAGGCCAGGUGUUCUGUACUGGACGAAUCAUCCUGGACGAGAAUAUUUCUUCGGCUCUGGAACUUUUGCAUUGGUGCGCAGGUGGAACGAGUGGAUGGUCCAAUUUAGCUACGAUCCCGAAACCGACCAUCUCGAGGCGUCAGACGAAGCCUUGCUACCACGCCUACGUGCGGCCAUAGGAGACCCAAAUGUCGAGAUUAAGAUAAAGGGUCUCGGAAAGUGGGAAAUGAACAGUCUCAUUGCACAACAGUAUCGUAAGGGGCGUGUCUUUAUUGCUGGAGAUGCUGCCCACCGCCACACGCCUGCCAAUGGCCUAGGGUCUAACACCUCGAUUCAGGAUUCGUAUAAUCUGGCCUGGAAACUCUCUAUGGUAGUUCGUGGCGAAGCUGAUGACGCCCUGCUUGACUCAUACGAGGCUGAACGACUUCCAGUUGGGCGGCAGAUCGUCGCGCGUGCGACGAAGUCCAUGGGACUGGCUUCUGGAGUACCUGCUAGCCUGGGAAUUCGCGCUGGCCAGUCCGAGGAGGAGGGUUGGGCGGCCAUUGAUUCCUACUUCGCUCCGACCCCGGAUGGACGUCGUCGGCGGGAAGAGGUUUACAAGAUCAUGGAAGACUUCAAUUAUGGGGUGAACGGUCACGGGGUAGAAAUGGGCCAACGAUACGAAUCUAACGCAGUUGUCGGCGAUGGCACACCCUUCCCGGCCUACGAGAAGGACAGCGAACUAUACUAUCAACCAACGACCCAUCCUGGUGCUUACCUACCGCAUGUAUGGCUCACUCGGCGAGACAAACCAGUAAGUACCUUGGACCUUGUACCAGCGGACACUUGGACCCUGAUUACAGGCAUUGGUGGCUCCUCAUGGCUCGAUGCCGCCAAACAGGUAUCUUCUGAUCUGGGAUUCAAUAUUGCUACCAGUGUAAUCGGAUUGGGCUUAGAAGUCUCGGAUCCUCAUGGCGACUGGCUUAGAUUUAGUGAGAUCUCCGAUGGUGGUGCACUCCUGAUUCGACCAGACAAAUAUAUCGCCUGGCGAGCACGCGAAAUGGGCAAGGACCCGCUAUCAGAACUCCGAAAUGUAUUCAGGGCUCUCUUACGCCCGGGCGCCAUAAUCUAG